AUGGACAAAUACGGUGACCACCAGCGACCCAACGCCGGCUAUAUGCGCAGUCGGGUCUGCCCGAGCGGGCAGUCCGAUAGCAUGCUCCUUACCAGUAGCGGACAUGUCCGAAUUUGCCCUGCACAGACUUAUAAAGUUGCCGACCAGGGGUUCACCUUCGUUGCCGACGGCACGACGCAGAAAAAGGGCCCAACAUUUACUGGCGAAGUGUGGUACGACAGCGUCCUCAACAAACAGGAAGAAGGAAUCACCAUGGUGACGGCAACAUUUACGCCCUGCGCCCGCACGCACUGGCACCACCACGAGGACGGACAGGUUCUUGAAGUCAAGGCCGGCUCAGGCUGGGUAUGUGAUAAGGGCGGCAUUCCUCAAAAACUCGCUGUCGGGGAUAUCGUAUGGUGCCCGGCUGGGACUACGCACUGGCAUGGUGCUGAUAAGGGGAGCAUCCUGGUUCAUCUGGCUAUAAGCCGUGGAAAGACGACGUGGUUUGAGCCUGUUACGGAGGAGGAGUACGGUGUCAGGUUAGAGGGAUGUCUGAAACAAUAG